AUGCGCACGACUCUGCACUUGUUCAUUCAACCCACCACUUCAUACGCCUCGUGCACAUUCGACACGAUGGGAAUCCUCUUUUCCUCCCCCUCUCCCUCUCCCUCUCCUUCGACCGCGUCCUCGGCCUCUCCCUUGCCGGCUAGACAAGCUGAGCCUGUUGGACGAGCUGAGCCUGCUAGACGAGCCGAGCCUGCUAGACAAGCUAGACGAGCUGGGCUUGCUGAGCAAGCCGAGCCAGUGGUGGAGCGGCCUUCGCUGCGACAGGUAGCUCUGAAGCGGGACGUUGGGCGCAUGCUGCUCAUCGACGCGAGCGAUGCCAGCGUAACCUACGACGCGCGCUUCAUGCUCGAGUACAUGCGACGCAGCGAGCUCGGCGAGCGUCCACGCGUGCGCCACUUUAUCAUCCACCACUUACCCCGCAUGCCCCGGGACAGCAUUGCGGCUACGGCAGCCAUCCUGCUCGCCAUCGAUCCGGCACUCGAACAGACCAUGUAUCUGUGCGUCGACAACGCCGCCGCCCGCGCGGGCGUGCCGGACCUCAUGCUACCCGAAGCCUAG